AUGCCUUUAAUGCACACGUAUACUACGGAGAAUAGCAGCAUUUACUUUGUUUUAGCCCCACUUAAUAUAACCGAUUGGACUCCUGAAUAUUUUAUCGCAAAUCGUUCAGAUUGCAAUUUAAUUUUGGAAAGUUUAGAUGUCUUAAAGGAAAUUCCUUUGUUGAAUGAUGCAUCUCUUCAUAAUUUUCGAGAUCAACAGUUAGUCAGAUUCAAAGGAAUGAUUCAAGAUAUGCACAAUCCUGAAUACUAUUUUCAACAAUAUGAAGUAAAAAAUAGUGAAAGUGGAAUGCACGAACUCAGAUGUGGGAUGUAUGCAGACUCUGCUAAAUGUUUGCCACAUGAAGAGAUUUUAGUGGAGUCGGAGAAAAAUAAAAGUUCAGAAAGACACACAUGCAUUGUAAUAUCUAUUCCUGGUUUAAACAAUUGGGUGAAAAAAAGACAGAAAGAAUCAGUUUAUUCUAGUAGAAAUGCAACUAGUAGUAGUCAUAAAAGAGGUUUAGAUGAAAACAAUUGUGAGACUAUGAAUUAUUUGGAGCCAAUAAGAAAGAAAGAGAAAGUUUCACAGAUGGAUGCUGAAAAAAUGGAUACUACAGAAGAUGACACAAGGAAACAAUGUGCAUUAUCAAAGGAAUACAUAUUAAAUUUUCCAAUCCCUAUAGACGAUGGUAAAGCUUGCAUUGUGAAGAUAUACGAAGAAACAGCUAUAAAACUAAAUGAAAUUAUUGAAAUAAUAGGUUUCAUAUCUUUGGACCCUCUAUUAAAUACUGUUCACGAUUUCGACGAGACCAUGACAGAAGCCGAAAUGAACGUUCACCAUCCACCCACUUCUCUCGUUCCUCGAUUACACGCUAUAAAAAUAAUCCAUUCAAUUAAACAGGAUAUAAAAACUCUACCGCAAAUGAUGUCUAAAGCAGAAUUAGUAAGAUACGAUCUUCGUGUAAUGUUAAGUCAACUUCUGUUCGGGGAUCAUCUGGCUGCAGAUUAUCUGAUCUGUCAUUUACUUUCAUCAAUCUAUAUGAGACGAGAUUACCUUUGUCUUGGUACAUAUCCACUAAACAUAACACAUUUUCCCAUGGUCGAAUACAAAGAAUUUGCAAAGGAGUUGUAUAAAUUUAUAAUCCUACUCACUGAAAAAAGUCAUUUGUUGGAAAUUACUUUGGAAAACUUGAACGAUUUGACUUUGUCGCCAAAGAAAGAUUACGAGUGUAAUAGGCUAACCAGCGGAGUGCUCCAACUUAGCGACAAUACUCAUCUUGUAAUAGACGAAACAGGAUUAACUACUGGUGAAAUUUCCUAUGCUGGGCGAGAAAAUUACAACGCGCUCUGCGACUUGGUCAAUUUUCAAAAAGUGACAUACGAUUUUAAAUUUUAUAAAAUGGAUUACGAAACGGAUAUUCCAGUUUUAAUUUUAUCAGAAGCGAAAUCUUUUAUUCCCUGUGAAACCCAAGUUGUCUUGAAAAUAGAUUCAGAAUCGAAAAAUAUCUAUCCCGAAAUAGUGGGAAUUGCGGAACAGUAUUUAAGAGAUGAAGAUCGACUGGCAAAUAUUCGCCAGUAUUUAGAAGUUGUGCGAGAUGUAAAGUUCGAGUUCAACGAUGAAGACGUCAUAAAGGAAAUUCAAAAUGAUUUCGUACGAUUGAAAGAAAUAAAUAAAAAUGCCAAUCGUCUGCACUCAUUAAUGGUAUUAGCUAGAUUGUUAUCUUUGUCGUACGGAUCAAAUACUUUAACUAGACAAUAUUGGAAACAAGCUGUUCAAAUGGAACUAGAAAGAUUGAACAGAUUACCAGAGAAAAAAGAAAUUUAAUUGAAUCGAAAGUAACGUUAAUUGUGUCCGUUUAUUAU